AUGCCCCCGCCGUGCCGUGCAAGAACAGAGACAUCCCGAAGUCACCGCAGGGACCGCGCAGAACCAGGCCACGUGCCCGCAGCCAAUCUCCUUGUACCGGGUCCCCUUGCCGAAGAGGGCGCGUCAGAGGCGCUCCGCGCCGGGGAGCGUGAACGCGCUGAGCGCUGCACACAGAGCUCCGCUGUGCACGCGUGCCGGUCAGCAAGCGGCCCUGGAAGCUCAAAUGUUGCUGCUGGCAGUAAUCGCCGUCUUCAGCAAACACAACACCAAGUGGAUGAGGUGGUUGACAUCAUGAGGGUGAACGUGGACAAGGUGUUGGAGCGAGAUCAGAAGCUAUCAGAGUUGGAUGACCGAGCUGAUGCACUGCAAGCAGGAGCUUCCCAGUUUGAGACCAGUGCAGCCAAGCUGAAAAGAAAGUAUUGGUGGAAGAACUGUAAGAUGUGGGCAAUACUGAUAGCUGUUGUUCUCAUUAUCAUCAUCAUCAUCAUCAUUGUCUCGACUACAUGAGUUUAAGGAAGAAACUCAAAUCGACUGCAGAUGUCUGUCUUCAGCCUCUCCACUUCAAACCUGCUGUAUUUUCAGCCCAUCUACUGCCAUGUAAAGCAAAAUUAUUUUGAUUAGUAGAUGUUAACUAAACCUGGUUGCCUUAAGACACUCCUAACAAGACACUACUAACAAGCACAGCCCACAACUUGCACAGUGCCUUGACAGAC